AUGGCAUCCUAUGAACCCAGCGUCCGUGGACAUUCUGAUUGGACAAGGGUGUUCACCAUGGAUGAAUGGGUCAGCCUGGGGUAUAUCUGGGAUCUACACUUUUACUAUUGCGCUGGGCCCGGAAACAGGAAGAUGCGUCCAGUCGGCUCCGUAUACGUCAAUGCUAGUCUCACUCUUCUCGAGCAGGGACCUUCGUCCGGCUCCCUCUUUUUAAACUUUGCUCAUGAUACCGAUAUCACCCCCAUCAUCGAUGCACUGGGUAUCCUCAACCCGCCCGAAGAUCUCCCACUUGACCGUGUCGCCUUCGGCCAUUCAUGGUCAAGUAGCGAGCUGGUGCCAAUGGGAGGCCAUCUCAACAUGGAGCGACUGAGUUGCAACGCCACGGCAAUCUCGCCUGCAGGAAUAUACGUCCGAUUGGUUUUGAACGAAGCCGUGGUGCCGUUCCGUGCCUGCCAGACUGGUCCAGGCUAUUCCUGUCCCUUGGAGGAGUAUGCCUCGAUCCUGAGGCAAGAUUUACCGGAUUAUGGCUCGGAGUGCGAGAUCCCAAAAUCGGAUCCUCAACACUUAAACUUCUGGUGGGAUUACAGUACGGCGACUAAAGAUAAUUACCGUGAUGACACGAAGUGUGAUUAA